AUUCAAUUAAUAAUGUUAACUUAUAGGAAUGCAUGCCUAUACUAUGUCACCAGCAGACUAUCAGGAUCUUAUUGAUCGUGGUUGGCGACGCAGUGGCCAUUAUUGCUACAAACAAGAUAAUACAACAACAUGUUGUCCUUGUUAUACCAUCAAAUGCGAUGCUUUGGAAUUCAAAUUAUCUAAAUCCCAUAAAAAAGUACUUAAACGUAUGAAUCGUUUUCUACGUGAUGGCAAACGUGAUAAAAAUGAAGAAGGUCAGGGUACAAAUAAUGCAGAUAAAGAGACUAAAGAUAAUGACAAUGAAGAUGUGGGAGAUGAUGCUGGAGGUGGUGGUGGUAUUAGAGAAGAAGUGCAGGGACCUAAUGUCCCCCUAAAAGAUAUAAAUCUAGAGUUAUUUGCUAAAGCAAAUGGAGAACCAAACACUGUUAAGGAUAAUUAUAAAGAAAAGGAAAAAACUCCGGCUAAAGAUAUUGAAGAUAAAAAACAAACUAAUGAAGAAUCCUCAAGUGGCAGCAAGAAAUCUUUAGAAGGUGUUAAUCCUCCUUGCAAGAAAGCCAAACAAAUGCGUUUGGAACGUAAAAUGGCUAAGCAGGCUGCUAAAGGUUUACCCACAGAUUUGCCACCCAAAACACCACGUGAUCAAGAGAAAACUCUAAAUGAUUUAAUUAAUGAUGCCAGACCCGAUGAUAAACAUAAACUUAAGCUGGAAGUCAUACAUGUUAAGAGUGAACAAUUUCAUAAAACUUUGCCGCAAACUUAUGAACUCUAUAAGAAAUAUCAAACACUUAUACAUAAUGAUCCACCAGGCGGUGAAGAUGAUUAUUUAGUGUUUUUACAACGUUCACCAUUGCAGCUCUCUAAACCUGCUGAUGGUCCUCCCUCGGGAUAUGGUUCAUUUCAUCAACAGUACUGGCUAGAUGAUAAACUAAUUGCUGUUGCUGUCAUCGAUAUAUUACCCUAUUGUGUUAGUUCUGUUUAUUUCUUUUAUGAUCCAGAUUAUAAUUUCCUAUCACUGGGUACUUACAGCUCUUUAAGAGAAAUUGAAUUAGUUCAAAGACUUGCCAGUAUUGUACCCUCUCUUAAGUAUUAUUAUAUGGGUUUCUAUAUACAUUCCUGUCCCAAAAUGCGCUACAAGGGUAGAUUAUCAUCUUCAUAUUUAUUGUGUCCCGAAACCUAUACUUGGCAUUUGUUAACUGAUGAAAUACGCUCUAAAUUGGAUGCAAAUAAAUAUCAACGUUUUAACAAUGAUCUACAGGCCAAGGAUGCCAAUGAGUUUAAGAUUAGUGACAUAGAUUCAGUAUUAUUGUUAAUAAAUGCCAAGACAUACGUUAAAUAUCGUCAAUAUAAACAGAUUGCUGGCAAUGAAGAACGCGAAUCAAUUAUUGAGUACAGCCAACUGGUUGGCAAAGCUUUGGCACAUCGUAUGCUAUAUUUGAAAUUCUGAAGAGAAGGCGUUCUUUUUUUUUUGCUGAAGAAAAUUUUCGAAUUUUAUUUAUUUUGAGUUUCUCAUUAUCCAUGUUAAUAAUGUUUUAAAAUGUAUUAAGUAGUAGUGUUUCGCUUAAAAAGCUUUAACAUUUCAUUACCAUUUUGUUUCGUUUUUUUUUUUUAAAUCAAUGAUUUUCCUAUGGACUACAGAGAUGUAGACAUGGAAAGCGUUGAAUACAUUUUAUAAAAAUACCCUUUAGUAGUUAAAUAAAUAGUUAAAUGCUUUUAAGAUUUUAAUUUAAAUCUUGUGAUUUUAAAAAUGUAAAA